AUGUCAAACAACAACAACAAUUUCAAAUGCAAGUGCUCUAAAUGCUCUUCUAAUAGCAUGAGAUUUGUUUUGGUGUCUACCCAAACACUCAGAAGACAUACACAACAAGAUAUCGUGAGACAAUAUCAGUCAGGAUCUUCUUUCUCAGUUAUAGAAGUAAUGUCAAAUGAAAAUGACAUAGAGAUUGACUUUGACGACAAUGUUGAUACCAAAGAUCAAGUUGAAGCCAAAGACUUACCUCUUUUUGAUGUUGAUUUCUUGUUUGAUUCUGAAAGCAAAGAUGAAGGUGUCAUUGAAGCAACUAUUUUGGAUAUUUCUGAUGAUGAAUCUAAUGAUGUUAGAGAGUGUAUUUACUGCUUAACUAGUGUCGGUAUUACAAUUAUGACAUCAAAUGAUAGCUAUUACGCUAUCCCAAUAUGA